GAACAGGGAAACAGAAGCACUUAUUUUACAGGUGUUAAACACAACUAGACUACUGUUCACAGAAUACACAGGUAUUAUUGAAAUCAAUUAUAUACAGCAUGAAUGUUAGUGGUGGUAAAAGCAAUUUACUUAUAUUUAGUAUCUUUACAACAAUGUUUGCUGAAACUUUUCUGGAGUUGAAUUAUGGGAUUAUUUACAUAGAGAAGAAUACAUCAACGUUUUGAACAAUUGAGCUGGACAGCGAUGCUGGUCUCUGGUUGAAACUGGAAGGAAGGGGAAAAGUGACGGUGAGAAACACAGUUUAGGGAGAAGAGAAGAGGGAUUAAAUACUUUACUACACACAUGCCAGUGCUGAAUGGAUCUGUCUCCCCACCAUGAAAGAACAGAACUGAUGAGUGGACAGAGGCGCAGCUGCUGAGCUUGUAGACCUGCCUGCAGUCUGCUAAUAUUUAGAACAGAGAGAGACAGAGCGAGAGGGAGAGUCGAUGACACUGAAAGACACAAAUGAUGGACAAGAAAAGUGCAAAUGGCUUUUCCACAAAGACGUCUGAGAGUGGGGGACAAAGGAAACAGCUGCCAUAUUCUGUGGAAACACCCUACGGCUUUCACCUGGAUCUGGACUUCUUAAAAUAUGUUGAUGACAUUGAGAAGGGUAAUACUAUCAAGAGAGUGCAUAUACAGAGAAAGAAUAGGGGGCCAAAAUAUAGCACACUGCCACGCAAUUUCAGCCUUCCAGGACAUGGUGCAAGGCCUGCAGCCAAAGACACAUGGUCUAACACAUCGACCCUGGGUUCCAAGCCCAAGUCACGUGUUACUGAGGUCCAACAACUUUUUGAUUUUAAAGCCAGCAAUGACAAUGCUAGCAGUAGCAGUAGUAGCAGCCAAAGCCCCUCUGCAGGUCAAUCAAAUGUGCAAGGCAGCAGCUUCCUCUCUUCCCCCAAAACUGUGGAACAGGUCCAUAUUCCAGCUUCCCAACAAGACCAACAAGCUUCCCUGAGCCUUAAUGUGAGGCCUCACUUGUUUCGAGCAUCUAGCAUGCCUGUUAAUGUACCGCACAGGAAAGCUUCAGACUCUACUGAUGACCAGAGCUCUCAAUCACAAAAUGGCUCAACUGAAAAACUGUUUCGCCCUGUAGAUUGUAGUGACAGAAGAGGGAGUAUUCCCCAAGACAGGGCCAGCCUGCAUCAACAGAUAACAACAGCACUGAAACGGGUGCGAGAACUGGAGGAGCAGGUCAGGACAAUCCCUGAGUUAAAGGCUCAGAUAUGUUCUCUAAGAGAAGAAAGGGAGCAACUGCUCCAAAGAAUCCAAACACAGGCUCAGUUUAAGACUCAAUCAGAGACAGAGACAGAUGAAAAUCCUCCGCCAGAAUCGCAAGAAAGUGCUAACCGUCCUUCAGCAACAAAACAGCAAGAAGCUCCAACCAUUUCCCAGGACAUUAUGAGUGACAGUCAUACUAAAAUUCCUGAAAUAGAGUCAACUAGAGAUAAGCUGGCCCAGAACCUUGAAGGGCCACAAACUUACACAGUUUGGGAAAGAGGACCAAUUCUAGGUGUGGUCUCUAUUCCAGUGAUACGUAUUGAAAAAGUUGAAAGCCCAACUGAUUCAGAAGAAUCAGAGAGAGCAUUGGAAGAAUCUGAGCAUGAGACUGAAGUAUCUGAAAAGCUUUCAGAACAAGGAUUAGAAGAACAGGAGGAAAAGCUAGAGACUCCAUUAAAAGACAAAGAGUCUGACCUAACAGUAGACGUUCCCAUAAAAGAGGAGAAAGAAGAUAUAUCUGAAGGCACAGUAUCCCAAGAUAAAACUGAAAAACCAGAAACAACUGAUCAGCCUGUUGUAAAAAUGGAAACCUCGAUAAUACACGAACAAGAUGUUCUCACUGUCCAUGAACUCAAAGAAAAAGUCAAAAUAUUGGAGGAAAGAUUAAGGCAGGUCAGCUGUGAUCUGGAAACAACAAACUCCUUAUUGAGGGAACAAGUAGAAGAGAAUAGGCAAAAAGAUGUAACAAUUGGGGAGCUAAAUGAAAAAGUAAAAGAACCCAUUGCACUCAGUGUAGAGCAAGAGUCAACGGUUCCACAACCGCUACUUCCACAAUUCAUAAUUACUUGCGAUGCAUCAGUCAAUACUGACAGCAAACAUGUAUUAGAAAAAGCAGUUCUAACAGAUAUUGACCUUAAACCUAUUGACAGUAUCAAAGAACGAGACCAAAUGUGCUGUAGUACUCAAACAAAUAUAAUUGAGACACGAGAAAUGGAGGUGUUAGCACAGGUGAUGACAACUGAAAAGGUUGUGGGUGUGGAAAUUGUUACAUGUGACCAGGCAGUUGAAACUGUAUAUGAAAAUAUCCUGGAGGCCAAAGAAAGAAAAGAGUUUGAAGAAGAAAGUGUAGAUAGAGAUGAUGCAGACAAAGAAAAAAUGAAUGAAAGCAUGAUCACUGAUAGUGAUGUGGCUGAAGAGUAUGUAAUCAUAGAAAAGACUGAAGAUGAUUUGGUUGGAACAGUACCCAAGGAUAAUGCACAAGUCAAGUCUAUGGCUGGGGAAACAGAAUUAGUGGAGAAUGUUGUUGUGGCAAUAGAAACCAUUAAACCAGAUUCAAGCACAAUUGAUCAAUUACAGCAAGACCAAAAGCAAAGGCAAGGACAAGACAUUCACCCGCAAACUCAGAGGCCUGCUGAAGCUUCAGCAUCCCCUGCAGCCAUAGGCCACGUUGUUACUCGGAUCCAAGGUCUUCUAAAUGAACAGUGGGCCAGCCUGGGGAGUGGGAGCCAGGAACCAAAACCAGAGGGCACGCAGAAACAGCCUGUCUCAAAGAUCAGCACCAUCCAGAGUCACCUCCGAGGGUCACUUAGUGCUCUGUCAGCCUUUUAUUCUCCGGUUCAAAAAGGAGGUGCAGCAAAGCAGUCCGGCCUCAAAUCUAUCAUGAAAAAAAAAGACUGUCCUGACAAGCAGGGUACUGGAGGAGCCAAGAAAAACCUGAAAUUUGUUGGCGUAAAUGGAGGCUAUGAGACAACCUCCAGUGAGGAGUCCAGUGGGGAGGAGAAUGAGGACGAGAAGGAGGAGGAGAAUGAGGAGGAGAAGGAGGAGAGGGAUAGCUUGGAGACAGAGGAGCAGGAAGAUGAAAUUGGAGGUGCCCAGGAGGAGGUGAAGGAGGCUGCUACUGCUAUGGAACAGCCUGAAGAAGCUCAGGCAGGUUGGUGCCAGGGUGCUGAGGAGCCUCAAGACCCUCAGGCCAGUGUUGAUCCCCAGGAGGAGCAGCCCAGCAGUGAACUUGUAGAUAAAAACUUCAUGGCUGCCUGUCACUACCUAAAGGAUCGAAUGGCAGAGGUUUCUGUCCCAAACAAGGAGAUGAGGCAGGUUCUAAUGGUGAUCUAUCAGGAAUGGUUUCGUGUAUCCAGUCAGAAAGAAUCCCAGGCAGAUACGGUCACUCAGUAUCUCAGAGAAGUUGGAAAUCACACCCCAACUCUCCUGCGCUAUAUAGUUAACCUGGCUGAUGGCAACGGCAACAUGGCUUUACACUACAGCGUUUCACACUCCAACUUCCAAGUAGUCAAACUCUUACUGGAUACUGGUUUGUGUGAAGUGGAUCAUCAGAAUAAAGCCGGCUACACAGCGAUCAUGUUGGCAGCACUGACUGCAGCAGAAGGUCCUGAGGACAUGGAGGUGGCCCAGCACCUACUGAGCCUGGGCAACAUCAAUGCUCGGGCAGGGCAGUCUGGUCAGACAGCACUGAUGCUGGCUGUUAGUCAUGGACGUACAGCGAUGGUGCAGGUUCUUCUUGACUGUAAAGCUGAUGUGAACAUACAGGACCAAGACAGCUCCACGGCUCUCAUGUGUGCCUGUGAACACGGCCAUGCUGAGAUAGCCAAACUACUGCUAGACACACUUGAAUGUGACACUAGCCUGAUAGAUAAGAAUGGGAACACUGCUCUGUCUGUGGCCAUCAAGUUCUCCCACUCUGAGAUAGUGAACCUUCUGAAGGCCCAUGCUGAAGAGGCUGUAACUUCACACACUGCAAGUCUUCUAUGAGGUUGCUUGUACACUUCCUCUGCAGUAGCAACAGUACCUGCAUUCACCCUCCAGCUGCCUCAACCAGACAAACUGACCAGUGAGACUUAUUUGGAAAGGGAUAAAAUGCACUUUCCUUAACUUGAAUAAGCAAGAGGCCAAGUUUUACAGUUCUCUAAAGCCCAGUUUAACGUCAAAGCUCUUAACUUAAUGUGGAUGAAGCAUGGUACAUUGUUACACGUUGUGUCCUGUUUUUCAAGUAUUAUUAUAUUUUUGUCACGUAGAGAGCAUUAUACAUGAAUGUUACUAUAGAGUCUAUCAAAUACACACUAUAUUUAUUUUAUAUUGCA